CCCUUGUCGCUCCCCCUACACUGUCAAAACAAGGAAGGGGCUAUGGCAAAAAGGAAACUAAGGAACACCUCAAAAGACACAUCUUCAGUUGUAGGGGUGAAGGCAGGGCAGAAAGAAAUGACCCAACCAUAUCACUAUGAUAUGUUUACCUUUGCUGCCAUUGCUUUGGUUGUAGCCGUUUGCGUGGUUCCACUGACAGCUGAAAUAUCCAUCUCUGGCUUCCCUCAUCAUCAUCCGCACAUAGUCCUGAGGAUGGAUGAGGCAUUUCUGACUGUCAACAAUGAGCUGGACACUGAGGUGGUGGUGUCCUGGAUGUCAGAGCGCUGCUACCAGUGUUUGUACCAGCAGCUAGGGGUGGUACCUGCAGGGCCAAGUCCUGGCCAGCCCAGUUCAGUAGACUUCGUUGUGAGCACACAGCAUGGGAUUACACUACAGCUCAACAGCACUCCUAUCAACCUGGAACUCUGCACGGUUCCAUUCCACUUUGGAGAGCAUGGGAACUACUCUCUGUGGGUGAAAAAUCUGAACGACUCCUCAGUGGUCAACUGCUCCGUAGUAACUGAUGCAGACCCUGUCAACAGCUACAUACCAAUCUUGGUAGCUUUUCUUAUCUUUGCUGGGCUGGCCUUGGUGUCUGCCAUUGGAAAAACAUUAUUAGGGCUCGAUGUAGUGAGGGGUUUCCUCUUUCGAAUUGGCGGCUCCAUGGAGACAGAGAGGCUCAUCAACUCCGAACUGGGCUCCCCUGACAGGACAGUGGCAGCAGUUACUGACAACAUCCUCCCUCCACCACCCAGUCCCAGCAAGAGGCUGCGGUCUCUGGACACAUUCAGAGGUAUCUCUUUAGUCAUUAUGGUGUUUGUGAACUAUGGAGGGGGACGAUACUGGUUCUUUAAACACGAAAGCUGGAAUGGGCUUACUGUUGCAGAUCUAGUCUUCCCUUGGUUUGUGUUUAUAAUGGGGACAUCUAUCGCUCUGUCAAUCAACUCCCUGCUCCGUGCAGGCUCGACCCGCUGCUCACUGCUGAGGAAAGUUGUGUGGAGGAGCCUGCAGCUCUUCCUGAUUGGUGUCUUUGUCAUCAACCCAAACUACUGCCAGGGACCACUGUCUUGGGACAAUCUGCGGAUCCCAGGUGUGUUGCAGCGCCUGGGCUUUUCAUACCUAGCUGUAGCCUGCCUGGAUCUCUUGGUGGCGAGAGGUCAUCUUGACAUCCUUACAACGGAUGUUUGGUGGUCACCUGGCCUUGACAUCUUGCUGUACUGGCCAGCCUGGCUGUGUGUGCUUCUCUUAGAAAUCAUCUGGCUAUGCCUCACUUUCCUACUUCCUGUACCAGAUUGCCCAAUAGGCUACCUGGGUCCAGGUGGGAUUGGGGACAUGGGUCUCUAUGCUAACUGCACGGGUGGAGCGGCUGGUUUCAUUGACAGAUGGCUGCUUGGAGCAAACCAUAUCUACCAGACCCCCUCCUCACGGGUGACUUAUGCAACUCAUAUGCCAUAUGACCCAGAAGGUGUUCUUGGCAGCAUCAACUCUAUCGUCAUGGCUUUUCUUGGAUUACAGGCAGGAAAAAUAAUCUUACACUACAGAGAUCUCCCCAGAAGUAUAAUGUCAAGGUUUCUUAUAUGGGGUUUGUUUUUGGGAGGCAUAUCAGCAGUUCUGACCAAGUGUUCCACAGACCAGGGCUUCAUUCCUGUAAACAAGAACCUAUGGUCUCUGUCAUAUGUAACAACACUGGCCUGUUUUGCAUAUGUGCUGCUUGUGCUGGUGUACUACACAGUGGAUGUGAAGAAGUGGUGGUCCGGAGCACCUUUCUACUACCCUGGAAUGAACUCCAUCCUCGUGUACGUGAGCCAUGAAGUGUUUGAGGAGUACUUCCCCUUCCGUUGGCGCAUGGCCAACAGCCAAUCCCACGCGGAGCACCUCACCCAGAACCUUGUGGCUACUUCCUGUUGGGUCUUCAUCUCCUACGUGCUUUACAGAAAGAAGAUUUUCUGGAAAAUAUAGAAGUAGAGUCCCUAAAUGAAGGGACAGCGAAACCAGAGGACAGUGUUUACAUCAAAAUUGCUGGAGUUAAAAUCUGACAAUAUUAGGAAAGAGGAGACUGAUUUUUUAUUUUUUUUUUCUUGUCAAAACUAUGGUGGUUUUCUGUCUCUGAACACACACACAUAUAUAUAUAUAUAUAUAUAUAUAUAUAUAUAUAUAUAU